AUGGCGAAGGAAGUGGAUUUAAAGCGUGUUGAUCUGAAGGUUUCCGUUAAUUGUUGUGAUGGUUGCAAGAGAAAAGUGUUGAAAGCCUUAAGCAUCAAAGGUGUGUUGAGGGUAGAGAUUCACCCGACGCAGCCCAAAGUGACCGUCAUCAGCAAUGUUGAUAUCGGAGUCCUUAUCAAGAAGUUGUCGAAGGUCGGAAAAUGUGUAGAAGUAUUGGAUGAAAAGGCACAAAAGCCACAAGGAGAGGAUGGGAUAAGCAAGAAUGAGAAGGAGAAAGAGAAAGAAGGCACCGAUAAGAGCUCAACCGACACCUACAAGAAGAGCGAGAACAAGAAUCAUAAAAUUAAGGAAGAUAAUGAUAAAUAUAAAGAAGGGAAUGGGGGUCCUUCAAUUUAUGAAGCAGUGAAGGGGACGAAUCCAACAAUUACAACUGCAAUCCCUCAAAUGAACUUGUGUCCAAUUAUGGUGCCACAAGCCAAAGUUUACUACCCUGUGGAGCCUAUUGUAGUGCCCGUACCAUAUUAUGCGAUGACAGUUCAUCCUACUCCGGUCACAUACUAUGUUCCAGACUACAACUACUAUGAAACUCCGGUUUAUCGUCCACCACCACCACCGCAACAACAACUAUCACAGGCAAUGACUGCGUUUGAUGACUACUUUGACGAAGACAACACGGUAGGUUGUCGGAUCAUGUGAGGGGUUGAAGUCCAAUGUAGCUCUCGCGAAAGGUUUUGUGUUGCAGUGAGUAGAGGGAGAAUCACAAUGAGCUGGUCAUGGACCACAACUUUCUUGAUUCAUAUAGAAAA